AUGGUCCCGGGUGAGCCAGGGGAUAGCAAGUUGCAGCCUGUAGAUGUCAUCAAUCAGAUCUUUGGCCUAGAGGAGCUUGUCUAUAUGCUGGCUCUCAGCAUCGGUAGUGCUAGUGUCAUCGUGGGUUAUGUUGAAAACCACUGCCCCGUGGAAGUACCUGACGCGGUAGCUGUGAUAGAGGUUGGCAAACUUGAAUGGGAGUUUGAGUUUCGCGGACACCUCAACGGUGACCUGUACCAUGAAAAAGGCGAGUGCGAACAUGGUGUCCAUCGCAAGAAGACAAGUUGGCGCGACACUUCUCUCACAUACACCGACAAACACUCGAAGCGCGUGUUCGAGGGGGUCAAGGCUUGGCGACGUUCCCAGAAAUUGGCAUUCUGA